CGCGCACACAAGCAGCUGGACCCGGCAACCUCAACCAGUGUCGUGAUCCAGACACAACGCCCCCAGCUUCCUCGAAUGCAGUUACGACUAAACUGAGCCCCGAUUGAAUUAUUUGCCUUACUGCAGAUUUCUUUCAAUUUCUUCGCACAACUGCCUGCUGCGCGUGAGACUCCACCAUGUCUGAGGAACGGUCCAAGAUCUCGCUGCGAAGCGGAGGGAAGAGGAAGGGCCGUCCACCCCUCAAGAUCUCCGGCCCCAUCAUACAAGAAGAUGCGGGACCGCGGGAGCCUUCGGGGCGCUCAGCCGCCGAGGAGGGCCCGCGUCCCCGGCCCCGGCCGCCUCCCCAGAGCAGCGGGAAGACCUCAAACCUCGUCAAGCAACGGUACUCGACGCGCUUCAACAACCUUCCAGCCGACUUCGACCCAGCCGCCAACCCGAUGCCCUCGCUGCCCAGCCUCGACCAGUACGCGCAAGCGCAGGCCCAAGAUCGCCGACCGCCGCAGUCAAGAGGAGGCCGGAGCGAAACCGGAAGCGCAGGAGCCGGAGGACCGCGAGUAGAUGUAAGAGCGCUUCGCGAUCCCAAUCUCGUUCCUGAGCAGUACGUCGCCGAGAUCCUCAGCGAGGCCACCGAGGACGAGAUCCGCGAGUACGAAUCCGCCCUGCAGAAGCUCAAGAGCCGAGCGUCUUCCGACCUCCAGCAGAGUGUCUACCAGAACCGCACGCAGUUCAUCAAGAUCAGCAAGGAGGCCGAGAAGCUCAAGGGCGAGAUGCGCACCCUCAGAAAUCUCAUGGCGGAGCUGAAGGCCAAUACCACCGCGCUACGCUCGGCCUCCAACAGUGUAGAUGGCGCAGGAUUCAACGGCCAGAUUGCCACCGGACUGAGCAGGAGAGACAAGCGGAGUUCUGUCGCCGAUAGGACCGCGCUGUGGAAUUCACAGAUGCAGGCCCUGUACAAGAACGUCGAGGGAUCGCAGAAGUUCCUCCCGAACACGCCGGGCCGCCAUGUCGUCCAGAAUGCAGGACCGUGGGUCGAGCUGGACAACGCAACUUACAGGUCGAGGCGGGCGAUGCAGAUCUUCCUGCUGAAUGACCACCUGCUCGUCGCCUCGCGCAAGAAAAGGAAAACGGACGCACCGGCCGCCGCCGAUGCCCGGGCCCCUAUGACCAAGCUUGUUGCCGACCGUUGCUGGCAUCUCUUGGAUGUCGAGGUGGUGGACAUGGCCGGCUCUGGCGACUCAUCCAGCGGCAGGAACAAGCUCGCCGACGCCAUCAUGGUGCGCGGCGGCGGUCAAAAUGAGUCCUUCAUCUACCGGACCGAGAAGGCCGAAGAUCCGGAAAAGGCAGCCCUGAUGCUCAACAUUCGGAAACGGGUGGAGGAGCUGCGGCGAAACCUCCAAUCCGAGCGGGAGGCUACGAACAAGGCUAAGGAGACCAUCAACUAUUUCGCCUCGCGCGAUCCGGGUCUGCUGCAGAAGACGGAGCUUCUCGAGACGCUGUCUGACAUCAAAGAUAUGCUGAUCGAGGUGGACGGCAAGCAACAAAACCUGCGCUGGGUCGAGAGCCAGAUGGACGAACUGGACAUUCACAUUGCGCUUCAGCAGAUCGAGCAAGCGGUCGCGCGGAUCGAGAAACUGAAAAGUCUGGCGCAUGGCUUGAAGAACAACGUCAUCGCUCAGGACUUCAUCUCGUUCAAGGUCGAUGAGAGACGGGCGAAGCUGGCGGCGUUGGUAGUGCGAGAGCUCGUCAGCACCCACAAUCAGCAGCGGAAGACGAAGCAGAACGUGUCUUGGCUGUCCCGGCUGGGCUUUGAGGACCGGGCGCGAGAGGCCUACCUGGAGGCAAGGAGCGAGACCAUCCAAAAGCGGUCUAGGCAAUGCAUUUUCCAGGGAAACCUCGAGCAGUACAUCUGGGAGAUCUCGUUCGUCUAUUUCACCAUCAUCCGCAACACAGUCAGCUGCUUCCAGGCCUGCUUCCCGCCGCCGAUGAUGAGCGCGUGCGUCAAGUGGGCCAAGGAGGAGGUGGACGCGUUCAAUGCCAUUCUUGCCCGGCAACUCAGCGGGGAAAAGGAGGGCAGCGAGACAUGGACGAGGUGCAUGAACACGUCCAAGGACCAUGCUGGCAUGCUCGCGGAGGUCGGAAUGGACUUUCGAAACCUGGUCGGCCAAAAUAUCAAGCCGGCGGGAGGGGAUGCGGCGUCGGCGUCGACGUCGAACGCGCCGGCAGGACUGGGCUUGAUCCUGGAGGCGCAAGCUGCGUAGAGUUGGGGUUCUGAAAUGUGUGUUCCGUUUCUGCAUUGAUGCUCAGGGAAUAUCGACCGAGUUUCUAGCCUGUAGUCUAGUCUAGUGCAUGGGCAUGCGAAGACUCGACGGGGCCUCCCAGUAUCCUCGUCCUUGAAAAUCGUCAGCUUGCUCCGUGCAGCGCAUCCUUGUUCAGUGUAAUUACGGUCGUCGUUAAAGAGGUCCCGC